UGUGAAAACAUAGUUAUGGACAUCCCUAGGCUCUACCCACGAUGUUCAGGUAUCCGCCUAUCGUGGACUAGAUGCUGACAAAGCAGUAUCACCCUUGGAGACACUGAGCAUAACCCCCAUACCAGAAUACCCUUUGGACUCCGAGCAUAUUGAUGACACGAUAAAUCGAUACCGGCGCACAGUAACACCAACCAUCCAACGCAACCCAGAACAACCAGGCCAGUUGCCAUCCGGUGAACUUUUGCUGACAUCGAGAAAGCAUCGAACUCAAUCGGAGGACACAGGUGUGCCCUCGGUCUGGUCUGGCUCGAUCAGUCAGUUGGAAGUGAACGUUUGAAUCGAUAGGUCUAAUAGUCAGUUGAAAGCCCUUCUGGCCCAGUAUAAGUGUUAGGAAGUGUGAAAUGUAAAAUUAUAAACAAGAACAUAAUAAAAGUGAUGGGAUUAGGGUAAAUUUGAAACAAGUAGUUUUUUAAAAACCCUAAUGUGAAGUCCCGUCCAUUUUUGGCGCAGUCGUACGGAACACUCUACGUGCAGUGCUAGUUUUUGGAAGACAAUCUAGUGACAAAACCCGAUCCGUGGUAAUUGGACAGUAGUGCGAAAACCGAAAAUUAGUGUCGAAUUGACGACAUCGGACGUGCCGGUAACCAAGGACUAAAAGUGUAACUGACUUGCGCAGGAUUCAGCAUUAAGUAGACGCUUAGCCCAACCCGUGGCGAAGCAAGAAACUAGUGACUAUCUCCAGUGAUCAUCAGGAACCAGGCUCUUGGAAACCAUCCCUCAACCCGUAGGUGAUUUGCGCCGCCCGACACGAAAACUGCAUCGGUGGGUUUCAACCCUUUAAGAGUGUCGAACCCUCGAAGAUGACACACAAACACCCGAUACUUUUUUGUCUUACAAUUAUGAUGUUUUUCAAUCCUAUUUACUCUGCUUACUUGGAAAUCCUUGAACUUAAUGAAAAUCCCGGUAUAGUUGCGUUCAAGACUAAUUCAGUCUUUAUAAAAGAAGGAUCUCACACACUAUUCCAUAGAUUUAAUUUAUUUUCCUUUACCGUCGUUCUCAAGCAGUAUGAAUCCAUUAUUUUGAACAUUGAAGAAAACCCAAAGAUAGCAGAACUAGUUAAAAUUCUUAAACAAAAGCAGAGUCAGGCUUAUUUUAUCCUUGAAAAUUUAACCGCUAGAAGUAGAAAAACAAAACGAUCUCUUAAUUUUCUUGGGUCCACCUUAAAAAUGAUUACAGGGAAUCUCGAUAAUGAAGAUUUGUUAAAAAUAGAAAACCAACUUGAAAUUCUUAAAAAUUCAAAUAACCUUUUAGUAACAGAGAAUAAUGAACAAAUUCAAAUUAAUAAAUUGUUUGAGGAAAGGAUUAACAAUAUUACUAAACAAGCUUAUAGACAGUCUAGGGAAAUAGAUAGCAUCAUUAAACAGACAAGACUGAGCUUAGACAGACCUGUCGAAUGGGAACAUCUCCUGCACCUACACAACAUCAUCUUCAACAUCGACAUGAUCAACCAGCAGCUGUCUACAAUUUUCGAGGCCAUUCAGUUGUCCAAGUUGGGUUUAAUUUCAAAGGCUUUCUUACAACCAUCAGAGCUAGAAUUUGCAACGAAUCUGUUGGAGUCACAAGGCGUGGUGAUUAACAGCUAUGACCAAGUUUAUGAGUUUUUGGAACCCAUAGCAUUCCACAAUAACUCAGACAUAAUCCUACUCAUAAAAAUUCCUAAAUUCAGGCAAGGAGAAUUUGUGCAACUCCAAAUAGAAGCCAUUCCACGACAGUUUAAAAUCAUACCGAUAAAUGCAACAAAAGCCAUUGUUGGUAACAAUGAGUCUUACCUAAUUUCCCAUCCAUGCAUGAACAUCGAGCGUAGCAUCAUCUGCGACGUCCAGAUCUUGUUUAACACUUCAAAUGACGGAUGCUUACAUGAGUUACUAAGAGGAAAUACGGGUAACUGUACCUUCAUUAGAUCUCCAAUGAAACCUGACACAAAGGAAAUCGAGAAUCUCGGACUGUUAGUUAAAAACUCUGUUGAUCCGACUUCGAUGCAAAACAGUUGUGGAUAUGGUCCGAGGAAUUUAACAGGAACGUUUCUCAUAUCAUUUAGAGAUUGUUCCAUCACCCUCAACGGAAAAACCUUUACCAGCAAAACAUUCAGAGGAGAAUCCAGACCUGUCAUCUUACCCCUACAUUCAGUUAGCGUAGAUGAGUCACAGACAGAACCAGAAUCCAUUGACUAUAUGGAACAACUGCACAUUAGGAAUCGUCAUAAGCUGGAGCACUUAGAAACAGCAAACAAAAGGACUAAAGUGCUCAACAUAGUAGGAAUAGUUCUCAUGCUUCGUAGCAGUAAUUUUCGCUUUUCUUACGAGAGAAGUUCGUAA